AUGGCAACAAUUUCUACAACCCAAGCACAUACCAGCUUGACACCACCAAGUAGUUCUCACGGUCAAGAUUCUUGGAAUUACUCGGUACCAACUGAAGUAGAGGUAAUCCAUCUUCCGACCUCACCUUCUGCAGCGGCAGAUUAUCAUAACCACAAUCGACAAAUCUCUCAAACGAAUGGUCACGCAUUACAUCCAAGUACAGACAGCUUCGGUCCUCAUGUUACUCACGAUUAUAAUCAUUUAGCCCCCAUUCGCGCAAAUGAAUUGAAUCGGCAAAAUAGUGAUAUCAGCGACACUCCUAGCGCUCCUGAUAGUUUAUUAGACUUAUAUGGGAAUAAUAAAAGUGGCCAAGGUAUGGAUUCUGGGGAGAAGAGAGGUAUGAAUGGUGGGAAUUAUGAGAUGGGGGAGGUGGAACAAUCUAGAUGGAUUCACAGAGAUAAAUUGGCUCGGAUAGAGAAUGAAGAAUUACAAGCGGCUGGAAUACCGAUACCUCGUCCACGGACAGGAAGCAGAUCUAGUCGUCGGGAUCGUAGUCAAGAUCAUGGCAUCAAAAGUGAGGGACAGAAACGGCAGAAGAUGAUAGCAAAUGGGGACGGAGAGGGAUCUACUGUCUGGGAAUUACGAUUACCUGAGGAGUCAGCGGGAGAUCUUGGUACCAAGGGUAUAUCGAAGAUACCGAUUUCGAAAUCGAGCCCUUUACCAAUACCCAUCGAUUAUCUUGAGCGAGACACACCCAUAGCUCGGAAAACGGGUAACUGGAAUGAUGAGGAGGACCCAUUAUCAUUCAAGCAAGCAAGGAGUCGGAGUCAUAGUGUUAAAAGUUCUCUUGUACUUGAUGAAGCUACAACGAGUUCGAAUGCUCCCAUGCCUACUCCUGCUAGAGUAUCACCCACACCAGCUCGUGCGUCACCGACCGAACGAUCUCCUACCAAAAAGCAAUCAGGAAGAAAAGGAUCUGUUGGUGCAAACGCUGCACUUCCCGGAGGUCGACAGACGUCAGCACAAAGGCAAAAACAAAAGCCGGGUGGAACAAAUGCGCCAGAAAUACGACCGAAAACUCGUUCAGGCGAUACAUCGAAACGACCCGAGGGUGAUCCACCUUGGUUGGCUACUAUGUACAAACCAGAUCCCCGGUUACCACCCGAUCAACAAGUGAUUCCGACCCAUGCGAAACGCAUACAACAAGAACAAUGGGAGAAGGAGGGCCAUUAA